AAAACCGCGGUGUACACUGGGAAAACUUGGCUCAGGAAAAAUAUGGCGUCUUGCUGACAGCUGUGCAGGUUUCGUUAUCUAGUUGUCUACCAGUAAUAUCAGCAGUGUAAUUCAAGGCGCACCGCCUUUGCACGUAUAGUCUAUUUUUAUGGUCUGCAUUUAGAUCUUGAUUAAAAGGGAUUUAACUGACAUAACUGUGGAAGAGCAGUAUAUUAGAUUUCUGUGUCACGCCCACCUUUCCGAAAAUACAAGAGCAUAGCUUGAGCGGAGAAGCUAGCCGGCCUGCAGUGCCAAGGGAAAGCUAGCCAGCUAAAAGUAGCGAGCGUUCAUUCUAGCUUGUCUAGCUAAGUAGCUAGGUAGGUAGCUCGCUUAGCUGUCUCGCUAAACGGGCGUUGCUUAGCUUAGCUGACACCAAUGUACUUUUGUCGUGUUUUGCUGACUGAGGAAAUUAUGUAGGCUACAGGGCACAACUUAAACGUUAUAUGCUCUCGUUUAAUGUCUGUAAAUUUUGAGACUGUCUUCAGGGGAGAAAGAGAUGGGAUCAGGGGCCGUGGAUUCGUCCCAAUGGUUGUCUGUAAAGGAGGAGACUAUUUUUCUUCACGAUGGGCUGAUUCGGGUCACGGACCUCGCCGAAUUACCCAGCGAAAUUGGAGUCUCAGAGCAGGGUGACGCUGAGCAGGAGAUCCUUACCUUUGAGACCAAGAACCCAGUGGAGCUAGCUGAGCGCCUGCGUGCUGUUUGUGGCAACCAGAGCAACGCGUAUGCCCGGCUCCUGGAGUAUCGACUUAAUGCUCUGCGUGGCCUUUGGGGGGCACAGCGACAGCUGGCUUUGGAAGAGCAGCAAGAGCGAGAGGGUGCAGCAGCAGCUGCUGGCACCGGAGCAGGGACUGAUGAAGAGGCCUUGGCCCUCCUGAAGCGGCAGGGCCUCUUGCAGCAGCAGCAGCACUUACUUGCCCACCACCACCCACCGCUGCCUCCAGGGUCAGAUCAGGCUCCCUUCACAUCGCGUGUGGGACUAUUGCUUGUCUUUCCUCUGCUGCAGUCGCAGACCCGCCAUGACCCAGCACUUGGCGGUGUCACUGCUGAAGUACUGUUAGCAUGUCUGCGUGACUGUCAACCACUCAGCCUGGGAAAGGAGCCUGCUGAUUGCCUCAAUGGCUUAGAGGGGCUACUUUGCACUUGGUUGGAGCAGGGGGGUGAACAGGGAGGAGUAGUUCUGUCACAGGAAAGGCCAUUGUUGACCCAGCGGCAAAGGGAGAAUGCAGCUGCUGCACUUGUGGCAUUGGCGUGUGCCAGGGGAUCUUUGAAGACAUUCAUCCACACAGUUCACCUACUGCAGAAACAAACAGACCUUGGGCAGCUUCCUGUGGCAGAUGUCCUGUAUAGACUUCUUCUUCUUGAAGGGGGUCCAGGCUCUCCAUCGUGUUUAUUAGGAGGUAAGCAUAUCGUCUCCUGGGGCUUUGAAGACAUGCUCCCCGCCCCAGACAGCAGUGCUGCAGGAACAGAGGCUAAAGACACGGACCUGGGCCGCUGCUUGGCUACAGAUGGCCUAUAUCUUUACACGACUAACUCUUUUGGGAGAGGCUUGAGCAAGCUGGGCUCAGGCCUUCAUGGCACACUGAGGGGUUUUGUGUACUGUCGAAAUGAAGACCUAGAAGCUGGUUGGGUAGUGCACAGCAGUGGUCGACUACUCCACCGCCCAGCCUCCUUUGAUUCUAAACCUCAUCAGCUUUGCCAGGUCAUAGACCCAUUCACACUACAGGUGUGCCAGAUUAUGCCCAUGCCUGCUCAUCACUUCCUCAUGGGCAGCAGUUUGACCACACUGCACUUGUGUUCUGAUGGUACCUACCUCUACUGGGUGUGGUCGCCUGUCAGCCUCAAUGAAAAGACCCAGAAAGGCCACUCCGUCUUCAUGGAUGUCUUCCAGUUAGCGACAGAGUCUGGGUUAUGCGCGGUUACUCCUCUGCGGGAACGGGUGAUUUUGUUGCGGAAAGAAGGAGAGCCGUCCAAGUGUCUAAAUGAGUUGCUGAUGAGCCGCAUGUCCCGCUUUCGCGCUUCACACUCUGCCACACUUGCCGCCCUUACUGGCUCUGCCAUCACCAACCCUGUUAAAGAAGAGCAGUCUGCAGUAAAUGCUAGCUGUGGUCUCCCUCUGAAGACUCUGCGGAAGACGCCCAUGUAUGUUUGUGGGACCUACCUGGUAAUGCUGGCCUCCCCUCCUGGUGUGGCUGGUAGUUCUGCCACUCGCUCACUCUUUGGUGGUUCCAGCGGCCUUUCCUCUCUUAAGAUUCUAGCUUCUAGUCUGAUGUUUAAUCUGACUGAUGGUCAGUUCAGCGGCCGUGCAGACCUCAUUGAUUCUCCCGGCAGCUCUCUGGGUCGUGGGGCUCAGGUAGCAGGACUAGGGGCCUGCUACGAUGCUCUUAAUAACUUGAUCUGGACAUGCUCUAGCGACUAUAUGGAUCAGUGGUCUAAUCCUGGCAACCAGGCUUUUCAUCAUGUGUGUCAGCGGCUUGGUGUGAACCAUAUCAUCAAAGAGCCCAAAGAAGAGAUGAUGGAGACAAGUGAGGUGAUUAGCCAGCUGCUACACCACGUUGGUGCCAUGUGUAUCCACCAGCUGAACCUGCUGGCUGCUAGCAGCAGCAGCCUGCCUCUGGGCUCCUUCCUGGGCAAGCAACAGCUGAUGGAGGCCCACCACUUCAGCUCUAUCUGUGACAUAAUGGAGAAAGCUAUGGCAAAUUCUGACACUUGCAUCAUCCGCUGCAUCCUCGUGGUCUUCCAGGUGGUAUUUCGGUUCUUCAACCCCCAGUCGGAGCAGAAUCAAGAGAGUGUGAGACGAUCUGGAUUGCUGUUGUGGCAACUGCUUAUGGCUCCUGUUGAUCAGAUAGGGGCAGAAAUCCAAAGAGAAGUCUGUCUGGCAGUCAGCUCUGGAUUGAAUGUCUUGUAUCAGGGCGAGUCAGAGCUGAACAACUUGUUAAAACUAAUUCUGACUGAAGGUGAGAGAAAUAGUGGCUUGUCUCAGUUACGUGACAUUAUCCUUAACAAUCUUGCUGACCAGUUACAGAAGAACCGUUUUGGAAGUGAGGAUGAUGACCAUUACAGGCUAAGUGAUGAACUGUUGCACUGCAUCCUGAAAACGGUAGUACGCGAAUCGUGCCUCCUCAUCACUAAAUGCCAAACAGCUGCCAAGGAAGAUUUCCAGAAGCUUCUCUCUACUGUACCUGUUGCCUCACCAAGUUUGCGAUACCUCAUGGCUGUGCAGAACCAUUUGCUCAGUAACACUGUUCUGAUCCGCCCUGAUGACAGUGACGACAGCGACAGCUCCCUUCAAGGGGAAACAAUGAAGGUACAGGAACUACAGACGAGCAUUCUGUCACUGGCCACUAAAGUGUUGGUGGGCUGUGAUGAAGUGCUUGAGACUCUUCAGCAAGUCACCACUGCUCUUAUCAGGAGUGACAUUAGCGAUCGUGAAAGCAGACUGAAGGGACUUGAGCAGGUGACUAAAGCUACCUUGUUGGGACAUUUGCUACCAGUACUGUUGACCUCUCUGAUGCACCCCAACCUGCAAACCCUGUCCCUAGCUGAUGCUCUCAUGCCACAACUUGUCCAGCUUGUUCUCUACACCAGUCAGACUGCUCUACUUUUGAAGACCCAGUCUGCAUUAUUUGUCGAAGGCUCACUACUGAUGGGUGGCCCAGUAAAUCAUGGCAUCAAUAUGCCCAGUAAUGUUGACAGUUUCCGGAUUCUUGAUGAAAGGGAGGAACCAGGCUUCCUGACUGGUCUUAAGAUCCCUGCCCCCUGGGCUGCUGGGAAAACUGUGGAGACUGUCCAUCCAGUGCGAGACAACUACAAAUUUAAAGAGACUGUCCAUAUUCCUGGUGCUCGCUGUCUUUAUUUGCGCUUUGACCCACGCUGUUCUUCUCAGUAUGACUAUGAUAAGCUUGUGAUCUAUGCUGGGCCUAAUACAAACAGUCGCAAAGUCGCUGAGUAUGGUGGCAACACUCUGGGAUAUGGCAGCCGCAGUGUCCUGGGUACUGGCUGGCCGAAAGACCUAGUUAAGGUGGAGGGAGACACAGUGACGUUCUCCUUCGAAAUGAGAAGUGGCCGUGAGCACAACACUCCAGACAAAGCUAUGUGGGGUUUCUCCUGCACUGUUCGAGCACAGGAGUCUUCGGAGGAUGUUUCUGGUGGUCUUCCAUUUCUUGCUGACCUGGCUUUGGGUCUGUCAGUUCUGGCAUGCUCCAUGUUACGCAUCCUUUACAAUGGCCCUGAUAUCACACGAGAGGAAGAGUCUUGCCACGACCUGCUCUGCUCUAAACUCCUGCAAAGAUGCCAGUGGCAGGUGGAAGCCAACGGUGCUAUCUCUCCUGCUCUUACCCCUUCUCCCUCUCCCCUCCCACUUACCAUUGACGAGGACCGGGAGUUCACCUACCCCACAGAUGUGCUCAUGCCCCCACCAGGCCUCAUGCCUGGUGUCUGCUGUGAUCUGCCACGUAUCCGCCUGCCCCCAGGCAUAAUGGGCCGCCUGAGGGAGCUUUCAGGCAGGGCCCGCCCUCAGUUCCGCCCCAGCAUCAAAGAGGUUAUCCGACCAGAUGUAAUGGAGGAGGUGAUCGUGUCAUGUGUGAUAAAGCACUUGGGUUUGAUAGAUGCACUGCAGUCUCUGGUGAACUUUCAGUAUAGAGAGGAGCAUGGAGAGGAGCAUGACCUGCUAUGCAAGAUCAUGGCUGAGACCUUCAAGAAGAUUAAUGCCAUGGAGAGACAGUUGCAGAGUGUGGCUGAACUAGAACAGAAGUGGCAGAGUGAGGUGGAUGAGGCUCAGCAAGGCAAGCUAGAGAACAACACACCCUUUUUUUAUGAUUACCACUUUUUUGAGAGCAAAAUGAAGGAGCUUGAACUUCUUUGUUCUCUAAAGGAGGUUCCUUUAGACUGGAGUGAUCUGGAGAAUGUAGUGAUGGCAUUAAGAGAAAAAUUUUUUCAGGAGAUCAACUCCACACAGCAGUCUAGAAGUACUGUCCCUCUGGCCAAAACCAAAGCCUUAGUUAAGAGCUUGAUGAAUCGCUCAGAGCUUCUCCUGCAUGUUACCAUUGCUCCACACUGCAGGAGCCUCACCUCAACACCGACAAGCACACCAGCCUGUAAGUCAGUGUCAGACACCAAGACCAUGGUUCCUGUGGUGAAGCAGCAAGUCUUCCUGCGCAGUAUGUCUGCUCCCUCUGAUCUGGAAAUGAUUGCAAACCAAGACCUGGAGUUCACACAUGGAACUCAGAGAAGGCGUCAUCACCCCACCAGUCACAGAAGCACCUCUUUUACAUUGCUGCAAUCUUUGGCCAUUGAAGACAGCAGAGACAAACCAACCUACAGUGUCCUGCUGGGACAGCUCUUUGCUUUCAUAGGCACUACACCUGACCAGGCAGUGUCCAGCAGUAGUUUUCUGGCAGCAGCUCAGACACGCUGGAGGAGAGGCAGCACCAGGAAGCAGGCUCUGGUCCACAUGAGAGAGCUCCUCACUGCUGCUGUUCGAGUGGGUGGAGUAACUCACCUAGUGGGCCCUGUGACCAUGGUGUUGCAGGGUGGGCCAAGGAUUGAGGAGCUGACCUGUGGUGGCAUGGUGGAGCAGGUUCAGGAGGCCUUUGGAGAGACUAUGACUUCUGUAGUGUCUCUGUGUGCUCGCUAUCCCAUUGCCUGUGCCAACAGCAUCGGCCUUCUCUGCAUCAUCCCUUACACUAGGAGUGAGGAGCAGUGUCUGGUGCGCAGUGGUUUGGUUCAGCUCUUGGAUCAGCUGUGCAGUCUGAGCAGCCAGAAAGACUGCACCUCCAGCGAGAAACAAACCAAAAAGCAGAAAGUGGCAACCAUGGCUUGGGCUGCCUUUCAAGUGCUGGCCAACCGCUGCAUUGAGUGGGAGAAGGUGGAAGGUGGCUCCACAGAUGGAGUGCAUUCUGGACUGGCACGGCAGGUGUCCAGUCUGUUGACUAACCACCUGGCAAGAGCUACAGAAUGCUGCGGUAACCAAGCAGCUGGAAAUGAUGCUCUACAGGACGUGCUCAGUCUACUUAAUGACCUGUCCAGGAGUCACAUAGGCAAGGCAAUUCUUAGCCAACCAGCCUGUGUCUCUAAGCUCCUUUCACUGCUCCUGGAUCAGCGGCCUUCUCCCAAGCUGGUGCUGAUUAUCUUACAGCUGUGUCGUGCAGCCCUGCCCCUUAUGAGCGUGGAGGACUGUGGGAAUGUGAUAUUGCCUUUCUGGAGCUACUCUAUGAAAACACUGGACGCAGAACAACGAGACGCCAGUGACCCAGCCUCCCGCAUUGUAGCUCUUCUGCUGGCCAAGCUAGCCGACUAUGUGGUGCCAGGCUGCCAGACCCUCCUUUCUCCUGCCUCAUCUGAGCCAGAUACCAGCAUUACUCGUGCUAGCCCCAAGAGCAGUCUCAAGACAGACAAAGAUGCUGGAGAAGAGGGAGAAGCUGUGGAUGGCAAACUCUCCAUCUUCAUCCACAAAAGAGAAGACCAGUCUUCCCAUGAAGUGCUUCAGCCAUUACUCAGUAGCUCAGAGGGGCGUCCUUUUCGGCUAGGUACUGGAGCAAACAUGGAGAAGGUGGUGAAAAUGGACAGAGAUAUGACCAAGACGGGGAGCUGUGAGGUAAUCACAGAGGAGGCCUCAGCAGCCCUGCGUAAGGCCAGUAAGUGGGCUCAGUCUGGGCUCAUUGUGAGUGUUGGUCCCCCAGUGGAGACCCUCAUCCAAGAGACCACAGGAGGAACCAAUACUGGAGACAAGAAGAAAAGUGCCCAGACUGUGGUAUGCAGAGACAGAAAUGCUGAACUGGCUAGGUCUGACCCAGUACGUCCAUUCAUCAGUGGUCACGUAGCGAACAGCAUGGCUGCUGAAGUCAUUGCUCUGCUGCACAGUCUUCUUACUGCACCAGAGUCAAACACUGCUCAGAUCUGGACCACUACUGCAGAGAAGGUACUGUCCCGGGCCUUGAUGUACAUACCUCAGCUUGGAAAAUAUGCAGAGAACAUUUUAGAGAGUGGCAGCAGCAGUGGAAGAAAGCUGGCUAAACUACAAGCAAUCAGCCGACAGGCCGUGGCAGCCUUGUGCGCCCUGGGUGGCUUCAGGGAGAAUAUCAAGAUUGGUUCAGAGGUCCAGGUGGUAGGUAAAGGGGUGCUGGGAAGUGAUGGAGUGGUUAUGUCCAUUAAUGAACAAGAAGGCAUUGCCACAGUCAAGUUCCCUUCUUGUGAAUAUCGUCACGCAUGUCAGGCCUCUGACACCUUGACUGUACCCCUCUCACGCCUCUGCACACCCCGCUCAGAGGCAUUGCCACUCUAUAAGCUUUCCAUCACUGAGAAGGUGGUGCAGGCAGUACAGUCCAUGCUGCUGCCACAAGAGGGCAGUCUCUCCAUCCACACCGCCCUACCAGCCUCUGGAGAUGGCUCUAGCCCCAUCAUGGCUGCUGUGCGCCUGCUGGCUGAGAUCAGAACUAGAGCAUGUCUAGUGAUGGCUCAGCUGCUGGAGGACAGUUCGUUCUGUGAAGAGUUUAUCCAGCAAUGCCCUGCUGCAGUGGAGGUUCUUAAUCUGGUGGCACAGGAGUGCAGCCCUGGUGAGCGACUGGGUGUAGUCGAAGCUCAGUGUGAAAGAUUGAGAAUGUUGUAUCGUGACUGCGCCCGCCCCCCUCCUCCUCCUCUCCAGACCGACAGAAGACAGCCAAAGGAGAUUACAUGGUGUCCAUCACGUGUCUUCCCACCUGUCCGUGCCUGUAUGUUCUCAUCCCAUUUGACCUCUGUGACCUUUCUUGCGGACCCCAGCGCUGGUGGUGGGCUGCCUAGAGGCACUUUCAUCUACGCCACUUCACCAGUUCCUGUACAGGCUCCAUCAUUUUACUGGGAAAUAGAGAUUUUGUCCUACGGAGACUCUGAGGAUGACAGUGGCCCAAUUGUGUCUUUUGGCUUUGCCACAGAAGCAGAAAAGAGAGAUGGCGCAUGGACCAAUCCUGUUGGGACCUGUCUCUUUCACAAUAAUGGGAGGGCUGUACAUUAUAAUGGCUCCAGUUUGCUUCAGUGGAAGAGCGUGAGACUAGAUGUAGCUCUGCUUCCUGGAGAUGUUGCUGGAAUAGGCUGGGAGCGUUUGGAGGGAACGCCACCUCCGCCGGGGCAGGCUCCUAAAGGUAGGGUAUACUUCACCUACUGCGGCCAGCGUCUUAGCCCCUACUUGGAGGAUGUGGCUGGCGGCAUGUGGCCCCUUGUCCACAUUCAGAAGAAGAACACAAAAAUCCGUGCUAAUUUUGGAUGCCGGUCGUUUGCCUAUGCGGAAGGGCAGGCUCAUAGGAAUGCAGCCGAUCUGUGCAUGGACCUCUCAGAGGAGAUCAGUGCAAACUUUGAAGCCCUGCCAUUUGCCAUGGCCUCAGACAGUGACAACGACGCUGGUGCUAGUGUGGCAUCUGACUCUGGCUCCCAUGGGCCUCCUUGUCGCAUUGCUGCUGUUGCUACUGCUCAACAACAAUAUAACAGCGAUGCUUCCUGCUCCUACAAAGUUGAACUAAGCUAUGAAAAUAUGGUAACCUCUGGGCCUGACCCACACCCUCCACCCAUUGCUGAUGAUGAAAGUGAUGAUGAGGAUGAUGAUGAUGUGCCAAGGGAGGAUCACUAUGCUUUGCUGGUGAAAGCAUGGGAAACCAAAGUAUUCCCUACUAUCCGCCGCCGCUUCAGGAAUGAAGCCGAAAGGAAAUCAGGACUGGACCAGAUCAAGGGAGCCCUUCAGCUUGGAAUGGUGGACAUUGCACGACAAACAGUGGAGUUCCUGUAUGAAGAGAAUGGUGGCAUUCCCCGUGAUCUUUACCUCCCCACUAUUGAGGACAUCAAGGACGAAGCUAAUAAAUUUACUAUUGACAAAGUCCGCAAAGGACUGACCGUGGUUAUACGCUGCCCUGACAGCAACAACACUGGUAGCAGCACAGGAGGAACAGCCUUACCCAAGUUUGCGAUCCGAGGCAUGCUCAAAACCUUUGGCCUUCAUGGAGUGGUGCUUGACGUUGACUCUGUAAAUGAGUUGGUCCAGGUGGAGACAUAUCUACGAAGUGAGGGUGUAUUGGUCAGGUACUGGUACCCUAUUGAGAUGCUGGAGCGCCCACCAACAGGAUCCCGCAGAACUGCAGCCAAUGGCCUAGUAUCUCUGGACAGCAGCAACAUUCAGGUUCACAGGGAGCUACUGCGUUGUGAGAGUGCCUUGGCGCGUCUGUACUGUCGCAUGGCGUUGCUCAAUAUCUUUGCGCCUAAGAGCCCUCACACCUUCACACGUCUCUUCCACAUCCCUGCUGUACGUGACAUCACCCUCGAACACCUGCAGCUCCUGUCUAAUCAACUGCUGGCUCCACCUCUGCCAGAUGGCUCCAUCAGCUCAAGCUCCAUCUUGCUUGCCCAGUCAGUGCUCCACAACCUGCAAGGCCAGAGCUGUUCCCCAACUGAGCUCUUCUACCAGGGUAAUGCACAGACCAUCCGUGAGUGGCUGACCGUGGCCAUCAGCAGAGCCCUGCACCAGGGAGAGGAUGGCUUGUUGGAGCUCACCAAACAGAUCUGCUGCUUCCUCCAGAAUGCCCCAGAGCAGUUUACAUCAGAGGAGUUCCCUGUCUCUGAGUCGAAGGUCAGCAUGGAUGUCAACUUCCCCAGUGCCACAUUUGUGGUUGUCUCUUGUAAAGAGAGCCAGCUAGGUUGCCGGAAAGACUCCUCUCUGUAUAAGGCUCCUUGGGCUCGGGUCAUGGUGUAUGGGUUGGGGCACAAGGUGCGACGUAAUGGUCAGCUUAAUCUGAUGGAGGCUGUAUGUUACCCUCUGGAUGCUUCCCCCUCUAAUACUGGCCUGACACCACCUCCUACAACCAACCAGUACCCUACCAUUAUCAUGCCCACGGACAAAGUUCACAUCAAACUAGGCGUGUCUCCCACUCCUGGGGCAGUGUUGGUACUGCAUUCUUUGCCUCUAGAGUUUCCCCUGGCCAUGGCCUUUGCUGAACAGUUAUUGACCUGGACCCUAGGUGACAGCAGUGAGCACUCUGAGGAAGAGCUGGACACUGUUCCUUCUUCAGUGCUUCUGCAGGUCGUGGAGCUACUGGGUGGGCUUCUGUGGACCACUGAUCUUGCACCUUGUAUCAAGGAGCUGAUUUUCCACCUGCUGGCUGAGCUUUUCCGCAAGAUUCAUCACUUGGAACAGCGCAAAGGCCCUUCAGGUCUAUCCAGCUCCAUUGCACUGCUUCUCAACCCAUGCCUGGCAGUGCUCAUGGCACUCCAGACAGAACUCAGAAAACUUUACGACCGUGAGACCCAGAGCUGGGGGCUAGCUAGUGGAAGCUCCUGUACUUCAGGGAGCAGUGGCUCUUUGGCACUAGCUGCUGAGCAAAGCCGCUUCUCCACAUACUUCCAUGCCCUCAUGGAGGUAUGCCUAGCUGUAGCAGAAGUCACUUUGCCACUCAACAUGGGAAGUGGAACGACAGCUGUGGGAGCUCUUUCAUCAUCCAGCGCACCCAACCUUAGCGAUUCCUCAUCUUCAUCAUCAUCUUCACCAGGCCAGACUCCCCAAAGCCCAAGCUUACUGUCUAAGCGCAAGAAGGUGAAACUUAAGCGUGAGCGAGCUGCAGCAUCCGUGUCUGCUGUGGCCGAUGCUUCAGGAAAACGGGGCUCUGGAAGUGGCACAAGACUAUCAGAAAGUGAUAGUGCCUUACUAAAUGUGGCUGGGGGAAAGCCUGAAGAUAUGCUGUGGUUUCAUCGUGGGCUGACAUUACUCAUGAUUAUACGACACCUAACAAACAAGGACCCCCAGGGCCUGGGGGUUACUGCGGAUGCUGUAGCUGAUGCCUGCCAAGCCCUGGUCGGUCCAACUGCUCAUGGACGGUUGCUGGUGCUGUCUGGCAUUCCGACUCACUUGGAAGAAGCUGUGGUGCGUAACGCAAUCCGAAAGGCUUGCAAUGCACAUGGGGGCCUCUUCAAAGAUGAGAUCUUCAUUCCUGUUCAGGUAGAUGACCUUAAGAAGACAAAAGGACCUGUGGUCAGAACUCCAAGCACUCCCCAAGAUGCAAAGGCAGAAAGACCUCAUGCAAGCACUAUGGACACUAUGGACAGUCCAGAUAGCUCCAGCAGUGCCACCCCAGCUGUAAGCAUGAGUGCUUCAGCCUCAACUAGCCAGACCUCCAUCUGCAGCUCCUCUCAGGGGGUAUCUAGAACUGCCAGUGAGCUCUCUGUGGACCAGGAGCUUUUGGCAGGCACAGUAACCCCACAAGCAGCCCUUACCCAACCACAAGGACCUCUUGACCCCCACACAGUGUCUAGUCAGGAAAGCCUUGAUAUCUCCCUUUGUAGCACAGGAAGCCUUGGUAGUCUUGGUAGCCUUGGUGAGCAGCCUGAUAGUGGAGAGACAGCCUCAUUGUCAGAUGGAGGAUCCUUAUACACAGUCACCUCACUAGACAACAAUGCCAGCAUGGCACGACCCAUUAAGGGUUAUGCUGUUAUAGAGGUACGGGCCAGGGCCAAAGUGGAGAAGAUUCGUGCCAGUCUCUUCAACAGCAGUGAUCUGAUUGGCCUGUCCAGCCUUGAAGGUGAGGAGGAGCUAAUGGAGAUGACGAAUGAAGAGAUCCUGACUGCCUCCAGUGUUAACCAGAGCCUGUUUGACACACAAGGCAGCUCUGCACUUGAGGACUACUUCCUUGAUAAAACUAUCAGAGGAGACAAGCUGGUUCCUGGGGCACGGGAUGUGCUCACAGACAUAUUUAAAAGUUGCAUACACUCUGAGCAGAUGCUAAGCCUUACACCUACCAAGCCAGUGAAAGCAUCUGAUAUUUAUCUCAGCAAAGAACAGAUCAACUCACAGACACCAGGCAACCUGUUGCAUGUUUUCUUCAACCACGUACGACCUCCGAAAAAAGUACUUGAGGAUCAACUCACACAGAUUCUUCGUAAAUAUGGCACAGUAAAACCCAGCAAAUGCAAAUACAGCAAGGCAGGCAAGGAGCAGCACCAGGGCAAAGUGGUCAGCACCAAGAGACCUAUUAACAAGCCCCCCAUGAAAGAGAAGUCUGUGCUCAACAGUGUCCGCACGGCAUUAAGUGAGAAGAAACCAGUCCUAAAGCCCAAGUCUCCAGAGAAAGCUAGACCUGAUGAGAAAGACCCUGAGAAGUCACCUACCAAAAAACAAGAAGUCCCAGAAGAGAAGUAUCUAACUCUGGAGGGUUUCUACAAGUUCACUGUGGACCGGGCCAAACAGGACAUUCGCAGUGUUUGGCGUGCCAUCUUGGCAUGUGGUUAUGACCUACACUUUGAAAGAUGCUCGUGCCUUGAUACACGACAUGCCCAGAAAAUCAGCAGGAAAUGGACCUUAGAAAUGGACAUUGCACUGGUCCAGUAUGUUAAUCGUCUCUGCCGCCAUUUGGCCAUCACUCCUGCCCGCCUACACCCCCAUGAAGUGUACCUUGACCCCAUAGAUGCAACAGACCCACGAGUCUCAUGUCUUCUGAACAUACCUGUGGAAGGUUUACGCCUGCGCUUCGCUCUGCUACAGUCCCUUAAUAACACCCUGGAGUGUUUCUUCCUGCCACUUGUGGAGCUCAGGCAGACACAUACUUAUCAGAAUAGUAUAGCUGCCCUGCUGUGUGAGGCCAAAGGUCUUGUUUUUUAUGACACCAAAGUGACCGUAAUGAACAGAGUGCUGAAUGCAACGGUGCAGCGCACUGCUGACCAUGCUGCUCCUGAAAUCACACUGGACCCACUAGAGAUAGUGGGAGGUAUUAUGGAGUGCAAAGCAGUAUUUUCACAUCAGUUGUCUCCUGUUACGCAUGUUCAAGUGGAGGUAUGUGUGUGCAUGUGUCCAGGUGAGAUCCACUGUUCAGAGAACACCUACUUCUGCCAGGCAGCCCGGCAGCUGUCUAGCGUUCCAUCUUCUCAGCUUUGUGUCAGGCUCGCAAGUGGAGGAGACCCUACUUAUGCCUUCAACAUAAGAUUCACUGGUGAAGAAGUCCAUGGCACUAGUGGUUCAUUUCGCCACUUCCUGUGGCAAGUCUGCAAGGAACUGCAAAGCACCACCCUAUCUUUGCUCCUCCUGUGCCCUAGCGCUGCUGCUAAUCGUAACAAGGGGAAGUACAUCCUGAGGCCUGGCCCCAUCAGCUAUGCUGAAGAGCAGCUGCUGCAUUUCUUCGGCCAGUUGCUGGGCAUUGCCAUCCGUGCAGAUGUGCCUUUACCUCUGGAUCUCCUGGGCUCUGUCUGGAAGGGUCUAGUGGGUGAGGUUCUGGACCCUGACGCAGACCUACAGGAAGCCGACCUUCUCACCUACAACUACAUCAAGAAGUUUGAAAGUGUAACUGAUGAGGCAGAGCUUGAGGCACUGUGUGCAGAGAUCUCAUCGCAGAACCACUCGGGCGAAAGUCCUGACUCGCCCAGCAGCCCGUGCUGUACCUUCACCUACGUAACCAUGUCAGGCGAGGAGGUGGAACUUCGCCAGGGUGGACGCAACCUUACUGUCAGUUGGGAGAACAAGGACAUGUAUGCACGAUCAGUACGUGCUCUUCGGCUGCGUGAGCUGCAAAAUAUAGAGUGUAUGAACGCCGUUCGUGCAGGCCUGGGCUCCAUCAUUCCUCUGCAACUCCUCACCAUGCUCAGCCCCUUAGAGAUGGAACUGCGCACUUGCGGUCUCCCCUACAUCAACCUUGAAUUCCUUAAGGCUCACACUAUGUACCAGGUGGGGCUAAUGGAGACGGAUCAGCACAUUGAGUUCUUUUGGAUGGCACUGGAGAUGUUCACACAGGAAGAGCUCUGUAAGUUCAUUAAGUUUGCCUGCAAUCAGGAGCGCAUCCCCUUCACCUGCCCCUGCAAGGAUGGUGGGCCUGACACAGCUCAUGUGCCUCCCUACCCAAUGAAGAUUGCCCCCCCAGAUGGGGCAGUGGGUUCACCAGACUUGCGCUACAUUCGAGUGGAGACUUGCAUGUUCAUGGUGAAGCUGCCUCAGUACUCCUCCCUUGAUGUAAUGGUGGAGAAGUUACGCUAUGCUAUACAUUAUCGUGAGGACCCCCUCAGUGGAUAGAAACCCGCAACUUUUUUUCCACACUACUUACACAGAAAUCCCCUUUUAUCCAAGUUAACAGUCACCCAGGCUUUAUUGCUAUGACUGGAAAUGCAGACCAGGACAGACUGAUGGGGCCCCAAUCCCACUUGCCGUUAUAAAAACCAGAUUUUUUUUUUUUCUGAGUUGAAUCAGAGCUUUAGACGGUACCUGCUUUUUUACUGGAUGGUAAUGGCACAAAGUAAGUUUGUUGGCGAAGAACAAAGAAUGUGGCAUUCCACUUUCUAUUUUUCUUUCCCAUGUUUUCCUGCUGUUCUUACACUUUUUUGUGAUUGAUCUCAAAUUCCCUGUUUUCUCAUUUUUUAAUUUUUUCUCUUUCAGUGUUUUUAGUACUGCCUUUUUUCUCUCCAGCCUUGGUGAUGUUUGUUUACACACCUUCAUUCACAGCAGUGCUGCCUGAGUUUUGAAAUUAAUUUAGAGAUGUAAAUUAAAAAGACAAGGGUAUUGAUAUACAUGUUUAGAGAGUAUAGGAAAGACUCAAGAAAGGACUACCUCCUACUUCAUAGAUUAUUAAAGAUUUAUAGUAAGAAAGGACUUCUUUUAGCAUUCAUAUCAAAAAGGAACUGUUGAUGCUACUAGCUCAACUUGCAUCUAAAACUUAGCAUGUGUUAUGGUCAAGCAUAUAGUAAUAUGUAUUCUAACAGCAAGAUGGACUACUUUGGGCAUACUUGAGGAAUUCUCUGCCUAUAUUGAUAAAGGUGCAUAUAUUUUAUUUGUAAAAUAUGUACAAAGUCAAGUUAUAAUAAUAUAUUGAGUUGUGAAUUUAGUAUCUUUUUUUCAUUUGGUUGCUACAGUGGGAAAGAUGUGGGACUUGAGCUCUUUACCAAAUGUGCAUAUGUGAUUUUGUCCAGCAUAUCUGUGGUCAUGGCACUGUUACAGCCUACCAGAACUGUUUUUUUUUCUUUUUUCUGAGGCAUAACAACUUAUCUCUCUCACAGGUUGUAUGCAGUUAUACUACUAAGUCUCCUCCUCUGCCAUUGUGGUAGCGAAAGCCCUGCAUACAUUGUUUAUUAUCAUACCAUCAGGGUUUGCGGGGAAUCAAGUUAUAUAAUUGUCAGCUAAAAGGAUUUAUAGGGAUUCUGCAAAGUCCACUCCUCCAAUACUGAAAUGCUUUAGGUGUGUAAAAGUACAUGCCUUAUAAAUAUACACAUAAGCUUCUGCCUAGAGUAUAAAAUAUUUUACCUGUAGUCACCAGGUAUUUCACUGUUUUCACAUUGUUCUUCCAAAAAUAUAUACAUAACUUUGACUUGAAACCUGGAAUUGGAUGUUUUAAUGGAUUUCCAGUUGUCCUUCUUUAACUUUGGAAGAAGUAGUAAUACUUUAGUUACAUUUAUUGUAUCUCCAAUGGAUUUUACUGUUCACUCUCAUGCUUAUGCUGAAAUAUUUUGUGUAACUUGAAUGGAACCAUUGUGACAUAGAUGCCUCUUGAAAAUCCCACCACAGACCUGCCCCACAAAGUUCAAAAUAUACACAUAGUUUGGGGCACAUUUUGAUGUGGUUGCUGCUCUAAAGGAUAUUCUUUCUAUCUUUCUCAUUCAGAGGAAGAAUAAUGGGUUUGUCAAAGGGCAUCUGCAUAAAAAGAACAAAGAUCUCUGUUGUACAUAAACUUGAUAUUUAUUAUAAUUAUUUAUGGUUGCAUUAACUUUCCCUGUCUUACCUCUGCACAUCUGAAAUAUAACACAGAUCUGUGAAUGAAUUCUACUGAGGUGAUAUUGGUUUCAAGAUGUGUCACGAUGAAAAUAAAAUAAAAAUGUCUUAAUGUA